AACUUCUGCAGUGCUUCUUCGACCUCUUACCACCAGAAACGCCGCUACGAGUGCGCCAUGAGCUUAAAGCCGGCAUAUGUACCUUCUCUUGUAUGACGACAGUUAGUCACAGGUCAGGCGUCAGCGACAAGCUAGUCUAUCCGAAGAACAGCACCGCCGUUCUUAUCGACAGCCCUGCCAUCCCAGACAACUUCCUGCUUGAUGGGACGUGAGCGGCUGAUGAGUCACGCUGUCAUGGGCUCCAAUCCUCCACAGAGCAAAUUCACUAUGUCCUUCCUUACUCUGUCAUCUAUGCAAUUCGGGGACGUAGGUCGUGGAUCAUGCCAGACGGGCAAGAUGCCUUUCGCCAUGGACUACGUCUUCGAGUGGGAGCUCCUCAAAUAAACUUCAAGUGUGGUGGCUGUGGUGAUGCGUGUUUCUGCGAUCGAGAGCGUCAGAAGAAUAUCCGACCUUUUCACAAGCGAUACUGCAACAAAGAGCCCAUCGGCAUGUCUCUCGAGGACAUGGAAGAACACUUAGAGUCCAGGAUGUGCGCUCUGGAUCGUGCAAAGCCCUCGAAGAAGUCCAAAGCCUGAAGUAGCAGUAGGAAAGGU